CAAAACCAGAUUUCCUACGGAUAUUUUUCAUGGAUGCGAAUAUUUGCAUUUAUUUUUUUUCUUUUUGGUGAUGACAAAGUGUGCUUGUUAAUUUGCCUAUUACAGUAAGGUUUUUUUAGAGAGAGAGAUGGUGUUAGUGUCAGCUCCCUUGUUUUCUGCUUCAACAACUAUAAGCAGCAGCCUCUUCCUCAGAAGGCAGCUCCACCACCUCCACCACCACCACCACUUGCAGUCAACAUUUGCUUCUCCUCAGCUUCCCAUCUCUGUAUUUGUCCAGAGAUUCUGCACUUUAUAUCGUCGGAGAUCCUCCUUAUCAUUUGUAAAAGAUUCAGCAUCUAAAGUUUCAUACGGCCAAGCAGAAGUUGAAGAUAGUACAAAUGACGAGGCCUGUGAGUUGGUCAAUGGAAUGGAGCUUUUCAUAGGAGAGGGAGCUGAUAGCGUCCGUGGUUACCUUCUCAAGGCAGUGAAGAACAACAAUGGAACUGGCAUACUGCUCUUGUCUGACAUAUUCGGGUUUGAAGACUCGUCUACUAGAGAUUUUGCUUAUCGCGUUGCCUGCAAUGGAUACAAUGUUCUAGUGCCGGACUUGUUUCGCGGGAAUCCAUGGACUAAGGACAGGUCCAGGGAUUUACUUGAACAAUGGAUUGCUGGACACAACCUGCAAAGGGUUUUAGAAGACAUUGACACCUGUGCAAAAUGGAUGACUGAUGAAUUUGUAGCCGCAGGAAUUUCAAAGAAGCUUGGUAUAAUUGGCUUUUGCUAUGGAGGCGGACGACUAAUAGACGUGUUAGCCCAAGACGAGGAUGCCUGUUUUGGCACUGGUGUCUCAUUCUACGGCACAAGGUUUGAUCGAUCCAUUGCUGCUAAUGUAAACGUACCUGUGUUGUUUAUAGCAGGCGACGAUGAUCCACUUUGUCCAGUCAGUGGCUUGAAAGAUAUUGAGAAGAGCAUUGGCAAGGGGUCUAGGGUGGUGAUUUACAAUGGAAGAGGUCAUGGAUUCGCUCACCGGCCUGAGUCUCCCGAGGAAGAUGCAGAUGCUGAGCAAGCUUUCAAUAUCUUGAGAAAUUGGCUGUACAAUAGCUUGGUUGCAGACACCUAAAUGGCUGUUUAUUUGUUUAUAUUCUCCCAUCUAUGUAUUAUUUCCAGAAAUGAUGGCUUUCCAUGUUUUCUUUUAAGCUAUAGCAUAUGAAUAGAUGAAGUUUAUGCGGCUUA